AAUUCUUCAUCAAACAUCUACCAAGACAUUUAUAAUGGAUUACGAAAGUCUUGCUACGCCAGAGUCAUGCUAUGUCGACUUCUGCCUUCUUCCCCUCGGAACAGGGAGUGUUUCCGUUGCAGAGGAUAUCGCCGAGGUGCAAAAGGUCCUCAAGGCGAGUGGAUUGAAGUAUACCCUUCACUCUGCCGGUACCACAGUCGAGGGCUCUUGGGAUGAAGUUAUGGCGGCUGUAGGAAAGGCUCAUGCUGCUGUACACAAGCGUGGCGUAGUGAGGAUUCAGUCGUCCAUGAGAGUCGGUAGCCGAACGGACAAGAAGCAGACGGCUGAGGAAAAGGUCAAGAGGGUGGAAAACAUUCUGGCCAGCGAGUCCAAGCAGUAGAUAAAGGAAUGACUUUGCUAUUAUAUUUAUACCAGAAAACACACAGUAAAAACAUAACUCCUUCAGCCGAAGGAGCAAGAGAAAGGUCUGGGAGGGAGUCGGACCCUCACUGGAGGAAUCAGAAUCCGUAGUCAUAACAGAGCCCAAUACAAACCUCAUGCCUUACUCUGUAACUGGCCAUGAGAAUGCAUCAGAUGUAGUCCAUGCAGUAAGUUUAUUCUCAUACCUACAAAUGCGUGGUGAGACCUGCUUAGAAGUUGGGUUUCACAUCUUUGACACAUAUAACCAAGAUACCAUCUUUAACUGACAUCCCGUCCUACCUCCAACAUAGCUCCUUUCUUCUAUAAAAGUAUGAUAUGGUUCUUAGGAGAUGAGAGUUUUAUUAGAUGUAUCUUUUCUUGUCCUUGACUCAGUUAUGACAGC